AUGAUUAACCAUCACACCAUGGCCAGCCUGGGUCACCCGCACUAUGGGUUUUCACUCGGCAGCGGCAUGGACAUUCCGCCGGCGGGUGAUUUCGCCCCGCAGCCCAACCACAGCCCCAACUCCGCCGACCAUCUCGGGCUCAAGCGCGGUCUCGGGUUUCCGCCGACCUCCCUCGCCGGCCUGCAGGGCCACGGAGGGCUGCAUCAUCAUCACGCCGGCGGUCAGGGUGGUAUGAUCGCCGGUGGGGGUGGUGGUGGUGGUGGCGGUGGAGGUGGCGCUGGUGCAGGACAGACCUCUCCCGGCCAGGAGGGACACAUCAAGCGGCCGAUGAACGCGUUCAUGGUGUGGUCGCGCCUCCAGCGUCGCCAGAUCGCCAAGGACAACCCGAAGAUGCACAACUCGGAGAUCUCGAAGCGGCUCGGCUCGGAGUGGAAGCUGCUGACCGAGGCCCAGAAGCGCCCGUUCAUCGACGAGGCGAAGCGGCUGCGGGCGACCCACAUGAAGGAACAUCCGGACUACAAGUAUCGGCCACGCCGGAAGCCCAAGAACCCGCUCGCUAACGCCGCCGGCGGACUCGGAGCCCUCGGAGCGAUGCAGCAGGGUGGCAAGGGGUCGCUCGGCUCCUCGUAUCCGUUCCCGCAGCUCCCACCCUACUUCGCCCCCACGCACCCACUCCAGCAGCUCGAGCAGCACUAUUCCGUGCCGUACUUUGGCAGCUUCGACCCGCUGACGCUGCAGAAGUUGCACCAAUCGCAGCAGGGCCACGUACAGAGCGGGCACUCGCCGGGAGGGCUCGGGGAUCCGGGCAAGCAGUCCGCCGCCCAGCAGCUGCCCCCGACCUCGCUCAGCUCCUUCUACUCCAACAUCUACAGCGGCAUCUCGGCGGCGGCCGCCGCCGCCCCGCUCUACGCCGCGCACUCCAACAGCCUGUACAACACCUCGUCCACCUCGUCGGCGUCACCCGGCUCCAGCCCCAGUACGUCCCAGUCCGCGCUGCCCGACCUCGACAACUCCAUGCGGCGGCCGGUGCAGGUCAUCUACUAA